AGGCACGAAAUGCGAAGGUUCAAAGCGAUUCCAACAUAUUUCAUUUUUAUGGUUAUUCUGACAACAUAAAGGUGAAGCAUUGAAGAGUCUAUUGUGUAAUGGAAGACAAAAUCAGGACACUGCCAUUUACUGAUUUUGCUUGGUGUGUGGGGGAUAUUGCAGAUUCAGAUGAAGAAGAAGAGACAGCAUCAGUACGAGGUUACCGCGUCCUGGUAGUUUUAGAUAGUGAGAAGGGAGACCUGGUGACAACCAAUGCAGAAGACAACCUAGCAUCAGUUUCUUUUCAAACACAGGCAUAUACCACAGCCUGCCAAGCUAUGCUUAAUCCUGUGUUUGGUCCUCCUAGAAGGCCAAGACAUUUGUACUUCAGAGAUGAAGAGAUGACUGAUGAAACUAAGGCCAAAUUUGAAGCUCUUGGAAUCGAAUGGAUACCAUCUACCAAAGUGAUCAAAAAUCAAGCAGCCUCCCCAGAGGACCCAGUCAGAAAAUGUGCAAGCUGUAUGCUCCAGAGACCUAGGAGUCAGUUAAAGAAGUGCACAGGUUGCAAAGCAAUGCUGUACUGCUCCAAGGAGUGUCAGAUUUGUGACUGGAAAUCCUUACAUGGAGAUUACCUUAGUCACAAGCUCUGGUGCAAGAAAAUAGCAGAGUUCAUGAAGAAGUCAGAUGAAUUAAAGAACUUGCCAUUUACGUACAUGUCAGAGACCUCAUCAAAGAACUUCAGCAGAUAUAGAUACAAGGAAUUCCUUCAGAAAAUGGGUGUACUUGAGCAAGGCAUGUGGAAUGUCGAGUUUUUGGCAUCAAAAUAUGAUUAUCCUACAUAUGGUAAUCUACAGUAUGGUGACAAUCCUUAUGUUUUGCCAGUGGAAUCCUCAAUACUUGAAGAACAGCCAACUGAUAAUGCUCAAAAAAUAUCCCCCCUCACUGACUGGAAAAGCUAUUAUGACUGGAGAGGAUUCAGGCUUGACUCCCCCAUAGCUAUUCUACUGCAAUACCCAUUGACUUUGUACUACAUUCUGACAACAUGUUUGCCAAAAGAUUACCCAAGUGCAAAGCAAAUAGAUGCUGCGCAGCUUACUAUCCAUGUUGUCGGUGCGGAGAAGGAAGCCAGUAUCAUUCCUGUUUUCUGGGAGCUGGGAGCAUUAUUGCCAGAAAUACAGCUCACAAUUAUUCUAAUAGGGCCAGAAAUCUGCAAAAAGGUCCAUAAAAAACAAAUGCAGCAUCAAAAUGUGAAUGUCACCAUCCAUAAGGGUCUUUAUGAAAAGUACCCCGGAGUCAGGCCAGAUCUGAUUAUUGGAUUCAAUGCAGGAAUAAGUGCCUACAUGACCUGGAAACCUGGGACUACAAAAAUUAUGGAAUCCGGUGCUCCAGCAUAUUUUACAGACUACUGUCAGUACAGCUGUGAAUGCACCAAGGUUGCUUUGGAAGAGAGCAGAAUUGCCAGUGUGUCUGAUUUUACUGUUAACCCAUUCAGAAGUCCUGUGUUACGGUUGUGUGAAGAACAUGACAUGCCUUGGUACAGCAAUGCAUUCCUUUUCCAUCUGACACCCUGGGACCAGAGUGUUCUGGAAUUGGAUUAGCUUACUUGGGUUCAUAUACAUAUAAACGUUGUUAGGAUAAGUCUGAAACAAGAAAGUUUCCCAGCCUUGAAUUCAGAAAACAUUUACAGUAUAUGAAGGAUAGUGAGAAAGUCUAAGUUACUUUCAUAAACUACAAAGACAUAGCUGAAUACAUUUAAGGCAAAUGGACCACUUACUUGGAUAAAGGAAGGAUAGUUCCAUUAAUUUAAAAAUGUCAAUUUUUGGAGUCUUAAUUUAUAUUUUUUUUCUUAAUUGUUAUUUUUGUUCCAUUACAUAAUGUUAUCUGUUCAAAUGUUCUCUGUU